AACCAAACUAAUUUAGGUCCUUUUAUUGUCUUUGUCCUUGCAGGUAUAGAACCCAUUGCUGAACGGUUUGAUGGAGAGUUGUAACCAGUUUAAUGUCAGCAGGAACAGUAGUAAUAAGUGGAGGACUUCUCGCCACAGUCAUCCUGCUCUGCAUUGUAGCAGUGCUGUGCUACUGCAGGCUCCAGUACUACUGCUGUAAGAAAAAUGAGUCGGAGGUGGACUUUGCUUCCAUGGCUGGAGGAGGUGACAGAACGGGAGGAGGAGAAGGGGAUGCUCAAGGGGAGGUUCAGGCUCACUUUGCCUGCAAUGCCUGCAGCGCCCCUGGGAUGGACAGCCUCGCUGUCACCCCUCUCUGCCUGGAGCCCCUGGAGGUGGGCCCUCCCCCCAACUACUGCCCCACCUGCUCCCCCUUCUGGCUACACCCGGGACUUAGUGACGAGCUGCACAACGGAACCGAGCGGCUGGGAUUCCAUACGUAUCACUAUGACAACCCCGGACUGUGUCAAUCACUGCCCCUGUCAGACACGCCGCAGGCGCCCUUCUUUUUGACCCAGCCCGGCCAAUCCCCUUUGAGCUACUAUAGCCCCGUUGACAUCCACCCUAACACACCCUGCAGUAACAGACGCCCCUACAGCACACCGGUUUGACGCACAUGGACACACACACACACACACACACACUGACGUCACACACGCACUCAUACAAACACUCCUUCUCCCAGGGGAAAGAGACCCAGAGACAUCUAGAGUACCACCCAUCCAGGGGAGAGAGACACACACUGAACCCACUGACGGAGCCUCCUGAUCGGGACAGAACUACAUACGGACCCUUGUCUGGUGCAGCGGUGUGGAGGUCUGGUCAUCUGGUAAACCCUACAGUGGAGGAGAUGUUGGGUUUGACUAUGGGAGAUUACUACAGAUGAUGGGAGAAGAUAGACGAGAGCAGCAACACACUGUUGUUUCUCUCUCUUUCUCUCGAUCUGUCUUUCUCUCCCUCCUUUUCCAUCAUCUCUCUCCUCUGCCUGAAACCUGAUAAUGUGAACGACGUGACUGACAUGAGGGCUAUAUGUGUUUUCAUUGUAAGUUUGUAAGAUUUUUUUUUCUUCCAGAGUUUAAAGG